GAAAGCUAUAAGUUUUUAUUUGUUUUCCUUUUUCAAUAAAAAUUCUUUUACAUAAAAAAAGCUUGUGCAUCGCAAUUUUUUCUGAAAUUAAGCUUAACUUUACGAUUUUGUAAAAUUUUCAAGUAAAUAUUUUAUCACAAUGCCACCGAAGGGAAAGAAGUCUAGAAAUAAUUCAAAAGAUAAAGACAAAGAAAAGGAAAAGACAAAGGACUCAAAAGAAAAAGGCAAUGUUGAUAAUAAUUUAAUGCCACCACUGUUGCAAGCUAGAAGAAAAAGUUCAGUAUGUAGUUCAUCAAUUCGAAGAAAGAGCAUUACUGGAAGUUCCACUCGUACAAGUGAAAAGCAUCGUGGAGGGUUCAAUAGUGAAUCUUCAGACUCUACUGAUGUAGUUUCAUCAUCUGAUGAGGAAGAUCGUUGGAAAGAAAGAAACAUAAAGCAGUCAGAUCUUCCAUCUGAAUAUUGGCACAUACAGAAACUUGUGAAAUAUAUGAAAGCUGGAAAUCAAACGGCAACGGUAGUUGCAUUAUGCUGUUUAAAAGAUCAUGACCUAACGACUCAAAUAAAUCAAAUUGCUAUUCAGGAUGUCGGUGGUUUAGAAGUCUUGGUUAAUUUGUUGGAAAGCAAUGACUUAAAAUGUCGUUAUGGCGCACUGUCUGUACUGUCAGCAAUUUCAUUAAAUUUGGAUAUUCGUCGAAGUAUUGUAGACCUUGGUGGCAUUCCUUUACUUGUAAAUAUUCUCUCUGAACCAUCAAAGGAUUUAAAAGUACUUGCGGCAGAAACAAUUGCAAAUGUUGGAAAAGUAAGAUUAGCACGAAAACUUGUACGACGAUUUGGGGGAAUUAGUGGCAUUGUUGAUUUACUGGAUGUGCCUGUGAGUUGCCUUACAACUCCUCAAGAAAAUCUCACCCAAAGCCAAAAAGAACAACUUGCUAUGGCAACAGCUGGUGCGAGGGCUUUAUGGUCGUUAUCAGAGUCGAGACACAAUAAAGAGAUUAUGAGACGAAGUGGUGUGAUACCGCUUAUGGCUCGUCUACUUCAAAGUAUACAUAUUGAAACUGUUGUUCCGAUUAUGGGAUGUGUACAACAAUGUGCUUCGCAGCGAGAUUAUCAAUUAGCAAUCGCCACAGAAGGAAUGAUCCAUAAUAUCGUAGUUCAUUUGUCAUCAGAUAAUUUUGAUCUAAAGAUGCAAUGUAGCUCUGCAAUCUUCAAAACUGCAAGUGAUAAAAUAGCUCGAGAUAUUGUACGAGAAGCUGGUGGAUUGGAAUCACUUGUAGCCAUUGUUAAAGACAAAUCUAUACGUGAAAAUAAAGCAUUACUUGCAGCUGCUACUGGAGCAAUAUGGAAAUGUGCAACUGCAUCACCAGCAAAUGUAAAACGUUUAGAUCAACUGAAAAUCAUGCACAUUCUCGUACAAUUGUUGAGUGAUGAGAAUGACGAUGUAUUAACUAAUGCAGCUGGUGCUAUAUCGGAAUGUGUGAAAUUCCAAAAUAAUCGUGACUUGUUACGUUCAAUUGGAGGGUUGGCGCUUCUUGUAAAUCUUCUUAAUGGUACACAUCCACCUAUGCUUGAAAACAUUUCAAAAGCAUUAACGGAAUGUGCUAGUGACACGGAGAGUAUGGCAGCCAUGGAAGAGCUUGAUGCAAUUAGACUUAUUUGGUCUUUAUUGAAGAAUCCACAUUCACGUGUGCAAGCUUUUGCAGCUCUCGCUUUAUGUCCAUGCAUAAAGAAUGCAAAAAAUUCUGGAGAACUUGUAAGAAGUUUUGUUGGUGCUUUAGAACUUGUUGUUGGUCUUUUGAAGUCCCGUGACAAUUUAGUUCUUGCUUCUGUUUGUGCUGCAAUAUCAAUAAUAGCAAAAGAUAAAGAAAAUCUUGCAGUUUUAACAGAUCAUAAAGUUAUUCAGAUGCUAGCAAGCUUAGUAUAUACGACAGAUGAUAUGCUAAGGGAACAUUUAGCUGCAGCAAUAGCAUCUUGUGCCCCUUAUGGGAAUAAUACUCAGGAGUUGGGUCGAUUAAAAACUGUUACACCGAUUGUUGGCUAUAUGGUUAGUGAUAAUCCAAAAGUUCAUCGAACAACGGCAAUGGCUUUACAAAAACUUUCAGCAGAUCCACAGAACUGUAUUACAAUGCAUGCAAGCGGAGUCGUUCCAUUCCUUCUAGAAACUGUUGGAUCUGAAGAUAAAGAAUUACAAGAAGCUUCAGCUGGAUGUUUAAAGAACAUUCGGGAACUUGCAUUGAGAGCCGAAGAAUAUGCUACAUUCCAGCCAUAAACGGUUAUAUUGAAUUCAAAAUUUUUAUUCAGAUAUACAGCAUUCAGCACAUUUAUUGUUCAAAUUUAAUAAAUACGUUACAGCUUGUUUAAUAUACUGAGAUUUAAAAUAUAAAUAGUUGAACAACGAAUUGAUUUAUCUACAUCGAACAUUAUGCAAAAAAAUGUUUAAUGUUUGGCCUUUAUAAACAUUUAAAAAUUUAAGCAACUUCCUGGAAGAUUUAUUUGCCAAAAUGGCUUCAAAUGUUACCAAUAUACCCCAAAUAUAUUAUCUGUGACCACUCGAAAUUUGUUGUGAAUAAAGUAGAGUUUAAAACACAAAAAUUUAAUAGCUUACAUGACCACGCAUAGACAUUGAAUUUCUUCUGUUAACCAUUCGAUACAUUGAAAAAGAUUUGGUGGAUGACGACAUCAAUGGAGAUGUAAUUUUCCAUUUUCUAGUCUUAGACAUCAUUAAAUUUCCAUCAGUUUUUGCUCUUGAUCGGAAUGGUUCAUUAUUAUUCAUAGACGAAGGUUCAAGUUCAUCAAAUUCAUCUACUUCUUCUUCAUCUCCAUUCCAUUGUGACCUAGUUCUAUCAAAAAGUAAUACUGAUCUUCUUCUAUCAUCUUGUAGAUCACAGUAAAUUGAUAAAAUUUUAUCCGGACUUAAAACCAUUUCAACAUCGGAAUGUAUAGUCAUUGAUAAUCUUAUGUUGUCGCUUUUUGAUCUCUUCAGUUUUGGAAAUUUUGAAAAGAAUCGCCAAAAUCGGCACACAUCCCUAAAAACUCCUUGAGCAUCAUCAAUACUUUCUCUUGUAGUAAUUUCAUGAAAACAAACACAUCCAAUAUCUUCACAUCGUCUUUUGCCUUCAUCCUUUGUUACCAUUCGGUCAUAAAUUUGAUCAAUUUUGUUUGCAACUAGUAAUACUGGCGCAUCUAUGAAUCCAUCC